AUGGUAAACGCAACCGAAUGGUUAAAUCUAAAUUAUCCUGUAAAUGGCACUUACCAAAGAAUAGAUGAUAAAGAAAAUUAUGGCAAAACCAGAGAACAAAUUAUUAAUUUAGAUAUUAGCAAUCAAGAUUUCGAGAGCGCUCUUGUUCUUAAUUUUAACAAAUUGAAAAAA